CUAAAACUGACAGUCAAAGUCUGACCUUGUACCCUGAAACUGACAGUCAAAGUCUGACACUAAAACUGACAGUCAAAGUCUGACCUUGUACCCUGAAACUGACAGUCAAAGUCUGACCCUGUACCCUGAAACUGACAAUCAAACUCUGAUACCCUAAAACUAACAGUCAAAGUCUGAACCUGUACCCUGAAACUGACAAAGUCUGACCCUAAAACUAACAGUCAAAGUCUGACCCUGUACCCUGAAACCCACAUAGGGGUGUGGUUGUUGAACUGGAGAGUGAGAAAUGCCAUACUGCUACACAGUUCAAUUGAUUUGGUGUAACUCUUUAGAGGCAGCAGGGAAAGAUGGGCAAUAUGGUGGCAGAAAUACUUUAUAUCAGUGUAACCCAACCUGGGUUGAACCUGGGGCAAAGCAAAGUAAGAAGCAGUUUAGCCCCGUGUAGGUGUAUGUGACUGCAGGAAUGCAGAGUCCAGGCUGGAAGAGAAAGGGUUCAUCACACUCUCACAGAGAGAGCCCUGGUGCUGCCAAGGACACUCAGUGCAACCUGCCCCAUUAGCAUAACAAUGCCCGACCUGCCCCCUUCUCUAACACCUCAGCUCUGAGCCUGCAGUUGCCAAGCAGCCCUGUUUGCCUUAGGUAAGUGUGUGUGUCCUACUUGUCUCACUCCUCUUGUCUCUGGAUUCCUUCCUCUCCGGCAGCAGCUUCCAGGGGCCGUGGGAUCAGCAGGAGCAGGGAGUUCUUACAGGAGCCUGAGAAAGAGAAGUUGGCCCAUCUCAUGCCCAGAACAUCAGCUAUUUCCCACUGGCCUUGAAGCCUCAGUGACAACAAGAUGGCACAUAAUGACUUUACUGCAGCCACAUUCAGAGCUCCUGUUGCAGUUUAUUGUGGCAGUGUACCCAAAAUGAAACCCGGUUAUGGAUCUAUGAUCAAUAGGAGUGUUGACUCAAACCUCCAGCUUUGUGGGAGCAGAUGGGCAGCAGCAGAAACAGCUGAGAUUCAGUCGACACUAAGCUUCCAGAUGAAGAGGUCCUAUCUGUGGGAGGAUGAGUUCCAGAGUCAGGAGAUAAAGCCCUUCCAUAUGGAGAUACAGGGAAGAAAUGAUCCCCUCCUAGGGGAAAGGAAAAAGCAAUGGGAGCAGGAAGUGGACAGUGCAAUGCUGGAAACUGCCCGGCUCAAGGACAAAUUAAAAAGGAAACUAUCAGAGGGGACCAAAGGAGUCCCAAAUGAUGGUGCCAAUUCAGCUGGGCCCCCGCUUAAACCUGCUGUUCCAAGAAGCGCCUCCCUGAGGUUGCUGAAUGCAACACCACCAGUGCCCCCAAUACAACGGAGUCCACAGAGGAGCCCGACACCACAAACUGCAGCAUUAACAGAAUCUGCAACUCAGACCUGUAACACAUUCACUGAUGCUCUAAUGUUCCCGGAAAGUUCAGAUGGACAAUCUCCAGCAUCUGUGGAGCUCCACAACUCUCUACAGCACCCACGUUACAGUACCGAAAAGAAGUGGACAGCACUUAGCGGAACUGUGAUCCCCCCAAUCCCCAAAUCCAUGGUAAUAGUUUCUGAGCCAAUGGGGGAUCCCUCCUUUCAGACUCACAGAGAUAUACCAAAUCCAAAACAGUGCCGAGGACAGGAAAGUUCUAACCAGAGCAGGAUCCCUGAAGAAAAGUCAAUUAAACAGUUGGAGAGCCGAGAUCUGGAGUCUGUCUCGUACCAAGAUCAGCAGGUCGCAAAGGAUUCUGGGACAUAUAUGGAAUCAAAUCCAAUUUCCUUCAGCUUGGGGAGAGAUGGGACAGAGUUUUCUCAGUCGAAUGAAGAGGGGAAAGAAAACACAGGAAGGAUAAAUUUCACUAUAUCCAAGUCAGCCCAGGACAAGAUGAGGCAGAAGCAGCUGGAGAUGGAGAAUAUUUUGCAGAAUAAAAGGAAGAACAAACAACAGCUCUGGGAACGGCUACAGUUUGGGGAUCCGGGAGGAAUCUGCCUGGACUACCCUUCAUCAUCUGUGUCCACCAGUCUAAGUGGUGCUGCUACAAUACCAGGAGCCUCGGAUAAACGCCGAACCACAGCCAGUUACUCUGCCACCAAAUUUGUGAGUCGCACGUCCCUACCCAGCAUUUCAUCUGUAAACCAAGACCCUACAGCCAGUGACAUGCGGCAUGCAUCAGCCUAUUCCCUGCCUGCCUACUUCCAGGAUUGCUUAGAGUGGGACUCGGACUCUGAGAAUGGAGGGCAAAGCAUUGGUCCUAUGUCUCACCCCGAGCAAGGGUUGAUCGAAGCCCUACGGCAACUCAACAACAAAGAUUGGGAGCAAAAGGAGAAGGGUCUCAGUAGUGUGAAGUGCCUGUCAUCCUGUCACCCCGACGUACUCUACUCCCGCCUCCAUGAUGUCUCUGCGUCAGUGACCAGAGAGGUCAGCAAUCUACGUUCCAAGGUGUCCCGUCAUGCCAUUCGGACCAUAGGGGACCUUUUUAAACACCUAAAGAAGAGCAUGGACCCGGAGGUAGAUGAGAUUUCCCGCAUUCUUCUCCACAAAAUUGGGGACACCAAUGAGUUUAUUCGGGAAGAAUCUGAGAAAUCCCUCAGUAUCAUGGUGGAAAAUGUGAGCCCGUCAAAGGCUUUGCCGGCGCUGAUGGCUGGAGGUAUCAGCCACCGGAACAGCUCGGUGCGGAAGUGUACGGCUAAAUAUCUUUUCAAUGUGAUGGAACAGCUGGGGGCGGAGAGGCUCUUGUCUGGAAGUAGGGAGAGUAACGACACAUUGCUGCGCACAGUGGUCAAACUGAACCAAGAUGGGCAGCAGGACACCAGAUUCUAUGGGCGCAGGAUGUUCUGCUUACUGAUGGGAAACCCAAAGUUUGAGAGCAAGAUGGAGCGACUUAUUCCUUCUCAUGAUCUGCGGGACCUCAUAGACACCGUCAAACAGAAAGAAGCCACUGACAGUCUAUCACAAGCCCCUUCUGCCAAGUGUCAGAGAUCUCUCCAGAAGAGCAUCACUGUGCUUCCCCAGGAAAGCCCGACUCCAGAACAAAGUAGGCCAACAGAAGUAGAACUAGAACCUCAAGAGUCCCCUGUGCCAAAACGACAGCCUGUCAGGACCACGGAGGUCACAGAGCAGCUCAAGGAGCUCAGCAAAUUAUUAACGGCCAAGGACUUUCAGGGCAAAAUGGAUGGUGUGACCCUUGUUCUGGAAUAUUCCAGGAACAACCCGAAAUUUGUCACCGCUAAUAUCACACAGAUUUUUGACUCCUUUAACCGGCGGUUGCAAGACGCCAAUAAGAAAGUCAAUCAAUUUGCGUUAGAGUCGGCGGUGCUCAUGAUCCCGCUCCUGAAGGAGAGUCUGCACCAUGUUCUGGUUCCUAUGGUAACGGCGGUGACGGACAAUCUGAACUCCAAGCAUUCUGGGAUUUACACAGCCGCGGUGAUGGUGCUGGAUACGCUCAUUGCUAACAUAGACAAUUUGUGGUUGUUGCAGCCAUUUGCCAGCAGAAUCCGUUUCAUCAGCGGCCGAGCCAUGAGUGACAUCACAGAGCGCCUGUCUGGGCUUGUAACAUCCGUCUACCCACGGAAGCCUCAGGCUGUGGAGCGCCAUGUUCUACCGGUGCUUUGGUAUUUCUUGUGUAACAUCACAGGAAACGGUGUUUUCCCUGGACGGAACGGCAACUUCAAAGAGGUGGUCAGCAAACUGGCCAAGACUCUAUAUAAAGAAAUGGGACCCAGCCUUGAAGAGUACGCGUCUGGCCAACCACAACAUGCCAUUAGGAUGCUGGCUGACAUAUUAGGAACACAACGGCACUAAAAUUCCAAUGUUCAGCAAUCUGUGUUCAGCUUGUAGAAUAACAAUGCCCCCCUUCAAGAGACAAGACUAAGAAUCACAGGUUGAAGAUGAACCCCUUUAAAAGGAGGCCCUACCAUGGCACAAAGCUAUAUCAGUGGACCCAAGUUGAUUGAAGAAAAAUGGAUUUUUCGAAAAAAAAGGCCUUUUUUGGUACUAAUUUGCCUUUUCCUUUGUGUCUGAUGCACUUAAUGGAGCAACUUAUAAACAUAGAGUCAGUAUUGAUGGGACUCUCUAUGGUUUUUAACAGCCUCAUAAUGAUCCAGACACUAUUAAAUCACUUAUGCUGGAAAUAAGGACUUAUUGACUUAUGUAUAGAAGGAAAACAAUUUGAGAAGACUGGAAUUAAUCUUGUAAUUUAUAUUAAAUGAACUCAGAGAAUACUUCAUCAUCAUCAACUCAUUUAAAGGGGAGAUACAUCUCAUCUAGAAGUAGGUUUAUUUUUCAUCAAUAGACAGGAUAGUUUGAGGGCAUGGGUUAUAGCAUGUCCCAGAUCCUCUUUCUUAUUAUAGACAAGGUAAGCAAGAUGGCAGCUCCGCUUGUAAGUAUACGUACAAAUAUGCAUGUAAGAAAUAUUCUGUAUAAGCUGUACCCUCAUAUUGCACUCUUGCUUACCUACAGGGUGUUUGGUCCCUUUUACAACUAAACGAGCCAUUGCGUAUAUCUCAUUAUAUUUAUUGAAUAACAGGUAGAGACAAAGGGAACUCUGACUGUCUUCCCCUUUAACCAGUAGACUUUUUUUAUUUGUGUAUGGAUGCAGAUAAGCUUCAACAACACGAUAUGAAAGAAUACAGGCAAAGGUUUAUAAUGCAAGGCCUCUUCAUUACUACAAUCCCUCAUUCUGAUACUUGUCCUUAUGUACGCUAUAAACUGGCUCCACCCACUUAUCCAGUCUUUUGUUUGAACUUUGUACAAGUCAUUAAGUAAAGUGGCCGUUCCAUAUUUUGCUUCUCACCCCCUUUCUACACUGUAUUCAGGUUGUGAUAAUCCAGGCACUUUAUUACAGAGAAACGUAACAAGUUCUAUAUUGUAUCGUUGUUAUUCCAUAAAGAUAAUGUGAACACAGAGGAACAAUCUGAAUAUCUAACAUGUCAUGCAUUAGUCACUGUACAAUAUUCAGGCUUUCCCUGUGUAAAUACUGUAUCAUGAGUCCCAGCAUUAAAGCCAUAUUUUUCUA